AUGGCAGCCCGUCAAGCUGCACCCGCCCGCCGCGGCGCCCACCCUACGCAUUUCCUCUGCAUCCCGCUCCUGCGACGGCAGCUGGCGCGCAACAUCAACGGCUUUCGCGCCGACGUCAGCAACAUCAACGGCGCCGCGCCGCUGCCGCCGGACGCGGUGCGGCCGCCGGGCACCAUGCACAUUACGCUCGGCGUCAUGAGCCUGUUCCAGCCCGGCCAGUUGGCGCGCGCCGUGGCCGUGUUGAAGGAGCUCCGAUUGCGGGACAUCCUGGCCGAGACGAUGAGGGCGGGUUCGCAGGAAGGGCAUGUGUGGCUGACGCUCAAAGGAAUGGAGGCGAUGCAAGAUGCCUCACACACCGGCGUGCUAUACGCGCCGCCGCUGGAUGUCGAGGAGCAGGGAACCGGCGUGCUGUAUGCGUUUUGCCAGGUGGUGCGGCGCAGGUUUAUAGAGGCGGGGCUCAUGGAGGCGGAGAAGAGGCCGUUUCUGCUGCACGCGACGGUGGUGAAUACGACACAUGUGAAGCGGAUGAGGGGGCAAGGGAGAGAGAGGCUGAUGCUGGAUGCGCGGCCGUUGCUGGAGGAGUACGCGGAGCAUGUCUGGCUGGAUCGGCACGAGGUACGGACGCUGGCGAUUUGCAGAAUGGGCGCGAAACCAAAAGGGGAGCACGGUGAUGAGGCGUAUGAGGUAGUCGAAGAGGUGGCUAUCUAG